AUGCGGGAAUGCGUCACGCAGGAAGCAGAGAAACGCGAAAAUGUUUGUGCAGGUGAGCAAAUUACGGAGAAGUCUAGGCCGCCGGAUUAAUGAGAAAAUGAGGAGAAAGUGAGAAAAAAUGGUGACGGGACGCGCAGACUCCGGACGGUUCGGUUCAUGAGAAGACACAUUCGUUAUAAUAAUCGAAACAGUCACAAAAAGCUAAAAUAAGGGUAAUGAAACAGAGAAAUCGAAUUUUCGUUACUUUUUUGUUCAAACUCUGUUUUUAAAAGUUAAAGUAUUAGCACCACAAGAAUACUUUUCCAAUUCACAGUUUCAGGUGUUGCUCCAAUCGGUGCUGUCCGUGCUCGACGUCUUCCUCGUGUCCUCGCUGCCGCCUUCCGGCUCUUUUCCUCCGUUCUCGUCGCUCUUCUCUCUCUGCCGUUUCUGGCUCUUCUCGAUGGGUACCCAUUUCGGUCACUUUUUCGAAUUCCAGAACUACUCUUUCCAGAAUGCUCAUGCUCCUCUGCAACAACGACAUUCAGCCGGCGUGCGUCGCCUCGAAGAAUCUGCACAAAAAGAGUUCGGUCAUUUCGAUUUCCGGCGGCGAAUUUCGCGCAUAG